AUGUGGCUGUUAAAUAGGAUAAAAAAUCAAACGGCAAACAUUGUUAUCCUAUCAAAUCCCACAGGAUUAGCAAUGGAUGAUCAAAGUCAUCUGGCUGUUGUUUAUAAUGCUAAUAGACUUCAGCUAAUGUAUUCUAAUUUGACAACAAUUGAAACCAUAUCAACAGCAACAAAUUCUCGCCCAUUAAGUUACCAAAACAGUUAUUAUUUUGUCGGUAUUUAUCCUGUUAUUUCACCGUAUACUCUCUACAUGUAUUCGGCAACAAAUCUAACACUUGUCUCUACUACAACUAACAUUUAUGGUAGUCCACAGCGUGUUGCAUUUGUCUAUAAUAAUAGUAUCAUGUGUGUAAUCACUCAAAACACUACAAUUUCUACAAUGUUAUAUUAUCAAUAUUAUUCACCAACAUCUUUUAUACUAAAUCGAACUUUGAUAUUACCGAUCACAAAUGCGUUUUAUCUAGCUAAAUUGGAGGAUGAAGCAUUCUUCAUUGUGGAUGCUAAAGGCGGGGGUUCCAUUUACAAAUUAUUGAUAGCUACUGACACAGUCUCAUCGUUUAUAACAACAAAUAGUACUGAAGCACCAACAGCUAUUGUAAUUGAUUCGUGUGGCCGUUUAUGGGUAACAAUAGUUAAUUAUGGCAUUCGAAUAUACGAUCAAACUGGCACACUAAUUGGAAGUUGGGCAGUAUCAUCGCAGUUAUAUGAUAUAAUUGUAACUGAAACUUAUGAUAUUUAUCUCGUCGACAAAGUCUCGAACAAAUUAAGUAAAUAUGACACGAAUGUUCAGUGUGGUGUUUGA